CGCGUCCCGCCCCGUCGACCAUGUUGGAAAACCACCGUGGAUUCCGACAUGCUACAAGUUAGCUCUCGACACUCACCAAACAGCCCUGUGAGCUAAAUGGACGACCGACAGCUCGACCUGACAGAGGCGCAGAAACAAACCAAAUUGAAGCACCCUCGCAUUGUCAAGAAAUAUGAAUACUUGGAUCAUACAGCAGAUGUACAAAUCCACUCCUGGGGGAACUCUUUGGAAGAAGCCUUUGAACAAUGUGCCAUGGGCAUGUUUGGCUACAUGACAGACACAGAGACUGUGGAACCCACAGAUACUAUAGAAGUGGUGUCAGAAGGAGACGACCUAUUAUCACUGCUCUUCCACUUCCUAGAUGACUGGCUGUACAAGUUUAGUGCAGUUGAUUUCUUUAUUCCUAGGGAAGUUAAGGUUUUGCACAUUGACCGAACCAAUUUCAAGAUUCGCUCUAUUGGGUGGGGUGAAGAAUUCUCGCUGUUGAAGCAUCCACAGGGGACAGAAGUGAAAGCCAUUACAUAUUCUGCAAUGCAAAUUCACGAUACUGAAAAACCAGAGAUAUUUGCAAUUGUUGAUAUAUGAUCCUCAAGGUGUUAAUUACGUGACUGGUUCAGUGUGAGUGGAAUAGUAUAUUGAUAGCCAAAUUAAAUGGUCUUUUCGUGUAAGAAAUUGAUAAUUUAAUUGUAAAAUAUUGUUCUUAAAUCCUUAAAUAUUUUAUCAUACUUACAUCAACUAUUCAUUGUUUAUGCCGGACAUGUCCAAAGUCCGGCCCGGGGGCCAAAUGCGGCCCGUGGUCAAAUUUCAUCCGGCCCCCAGUCCCUGUCAUAAAAUCAAUAACGUCUGGCCUGUACACAGACUUGGUAAAUUGGUCAGCAGUACUGCUACCAGCAUAUGAAGUAGCUUACACACUAAAUGCUGCUCCUCAUUUACCCACUAAAAGACAGCAGCACUCUGAGCAACAUCAACCGUGUGACCCUCUACUUCCAAUUUUCUGAAAUGGCGACAAUCAACAAGAAAAAGAAAGUUGACUGCGACGGCCGACACUCCAAGGAUAGGUGGAAAUUGGACUAUUUCUUCACUAAAAUACACAACAACUGUGUCUGCCUCAUUUGCAAAAAAGGCAGUCGCUGUUUUUAAAGAGUUCAAUGUGAGGCGAUAUUACCAAACAAGACACGCUGACAUGCAUGACAAGAUUAUAGGGAAGAUACGCGAAGAAAAAUUGAAGCAACUUGAAGCUAGUUUAACUUUACAACAGCAGUAUUUUGCAAGAGCCAGAGAGUCGAAAGAGAACGCCACAAAGGCUAGCUGUGAGAUUGUUAAAAUUUUUAAUAAAAAAAAAAUAAUAAAGCAAUUGUAACAACCAGAAUGGCUUGCUAAAAUUUGCUUAAAUAUAUUCUUCUACGUAAAGGACGUCAGCCAAGGUCGGCCCCCCACAUUUUUACCGCACCAAAUCUGGCCCCCUUUGCAAAAGGUUUGGACACCCCUGGUUUAUGCACUACCAGAAUAAUUGUCAUGAUUGCUUGUUGAUUUGCCAUUCAGUAUGUAGUAUUUAACGUAAGAAGGGGAAUUAGGCCCCAUGGGGCAUUCAAGGGAUAGACAAAACCAUGAUCAUGACAUCCCAGCGGAAAGAAUCUUGUUUAAUAAAGUUAAGACACAAUUUUAUUUUUCCGGUGUGUAGUAGUGGAGAAAAUGAAAAACAAAAGCCAAUAUUUCCCAGAAGUAGGUGAAAUAGCUGGUGUAAGACAUUUUUAAAUGCCAGAACCAUUUUAGCAAAUCAAAUGCGAGUAUUUCUGAUGGUCAAGCCUAACUAUUCUAUUCGUCACGCAUUGGCUAACUACUGUGCUAUGCACCGUCAAUGGCCUAUUCUGCGUCAAUGGACCCAGGAACUGAAGCAAGCUUCGUCUGAGUCUCAGAUGGAGCAAGAUGGGGACAGAUUGCACAGUUACAAAAUCUAUAAAGAGUGUCUGUGUGCCUAUUUUCUUUGCCACUUUUUACGCGUGGUGUGACUGAGAUCACAUUUAUGACAUAAUGGCUGUUUUCUUCGGAAGUGUCAUUUUUGGGUUUGCACAUUUUCUCCACUACCCGACAUCUGGGAAAUACUCGAUAUGCAUUUCUCAGAGACAUCAAGCCCCGCUACAACAUGUUUCAUCAGGCAUGCUUUUUAUCCCCACUUCUCUCCCAACGGGCCCCUUCGAGGCACAGGUGCAACUGCAACACUAGCCCACCUCUCACGCCAAGCUCCGCCCCUGUUCCCUUCCUGUUUAGUGAUAACCUGGAUGGUUCUCUGAUUGACUCAACAAGUCAAGUGUAUAAUCUCCCUUUAGCCUGAAGUCUGCUGGGACAGACUCAAGUGCCCUACAAUCCUGAGCAGGAUAGGAUGUGAUUAAAAUGGAUUAAUGGAAAAGUACUGUUUUGCUUUUUAUGUUUGUGAAUCAAAAGUCACUAAAAUGAUACUACUGUGUGGAGUUUUUUUGUCUACUUAAUUUUUAAGCAUUUGAGCAACCUGAGCUGUAACAUACUGUGGAUAAAACUAGAAUGCAAUAAAAUAAAUGUGUGUGUGUUUAUAAUUAAGUGUAAAAUAUAUUGCUUUGUCCUGAAGUACAUUGCAGACAAGAAUGCACCUUUUAAGUAAAGAUAAUUCUACCUUUCAUCAGUUUUUAAUGGUGGCUCUAUUAUGUGUUUUUUUUUUUUUUUUUUUGGUGUUUAUUAACACAACAAAUACAAAAUAAAAACAGGGUGACUGGUCCAUAUAC